AUGCAAAAUUCAACAAGUCUCGUUGCUCAUAUUCAUACAGGUCUCUCUCAAACAGGUGUAAAAUGUGGCGGCAUCCUAUCAGCAACCACGGGUAACCUUUCCAGCCCCAACUUUCCCGGCUUGUACCCCUACAAUAUAGAAUGUGCUUGGAUGAUCGUGGUGUCAGAGGGGUCCUCAGUGCUCCUCACGUUUCACCACUUUGAACUGGAGUAUCAUGCCAACUGUUCUUAUGACUAUAUCAAAAUCUACAAUGGCAUCUCAGAGGAUGAGGGCAACCUCCUGGGGAAGUUCUGUGGGGGGGUGUCCCCUCCCCAGUUCAGCUCCUCUUGGAAUGUCAUGUCCAUCAUCUUCCACUCUGACCGCCAUGUGGCUCACAAGGGCUUCUCAGUGGGCUACAGGAAAGACAUGUGUGGUGGAGUUCUGACUGGUUUAUCUGGCAUCAUCUCAAGUCCAGGUUAUCCACAAGAGUAUAGCAAUAAUGCAGACUGCUCCUGGACUGUGCAUGUCUCUAACCGUAGCAUGGUUAGCAUGGUUAGCUUGGUUUUCUUCGACUUCCAGUUAGAGAACAACGAGGGCUGCAACUUUGACUAUGUGGCCCUUUUUGAUGGCCCCACUACAAAGCACAGGCAUCUGGGGAACUACUGUGGGAGUGACCGGCCUCCAGACACCAUCACCACAUCAAACCAACUGCUUGUUGUUUUCAAGUCUGACUUCAACAUUGGCGGAAGAGGAUUUAAGGCAUAUUACUAUUCAGCUGAAUGCCAGCAAAUUCUAACCAACAUAAGUAGUAACUUCACCAGUCCAAACUACCCAAACAUCUACCCAAACAACAUAAAUUGUCACUGGACGAUUACUCUGUCUGCUGGAUACAGAGUUAAGCUUUCCUUCCCAUUCAUGGAGCUGGAGGAUUGGAACAGCCUGACGGGCGUUUGUGAAUAUGACUCCGUGGCUGUGUAUGAUGGGAGCAGUGAAUCAGACCCUUUGCUGGGCCGCUGGUGUGGCUCAGAACAGCCUCCCUCAGUCCUCUCCAAGGGCAACCAACUCUUGGUGGUACUCACCACAGACCGAAACUAUGCCUAUAAGGGUUUCUUCGCCUCCUAUAUAGGAGUGGUGCCCAUCAAUGUCAGCUGCACAAGAACCGAGUUUUCGAUCAAGAUCUCCCGGCAGUCUUUGCCUCCGCUGGAUGAUGAAAGCAUUUACUUGGGGAACCCUUCCUGCCCAGCCCAGAUCACACCAACAGCCUAUAAAAUACUGGCUCGUUUUGACGGCAACUGUGGAACUGCCGGUCAGAAACGACAGAACAUCACAAUGCUAGUGAACAGCCUCUACAUUGACCUCUCAGAUGGGAAGGAGCAAAACGUGCAAGAGUAUGAGGUGCAGUGUGAUGCCCAGAAGAAGUUGGCUUAUAUCAAAAUCAUUUCCAUCGAAGAACGAAACCGAAUGGAUGAACUGGCCCGUCUCGCCCUGGAGUCAAUCAGCCUAGGAGAUGGAGCGAGUGCAAACAGUGGGCCUCAUGAAACCAGUGACAUUAUCUUCAUCGGCAUCUGUGUGAUGGCAGUUAUCCUGAUGCUGAUUGCUAUUGUGUGGCUUGUGUUGCUAUGAGAUGGCCCGCAUGUCCUUCCUUACCAGAGACACCCUCAAACAUCUCCACCAAUCGUCAGACCAUAGAAACACGCCUCUUUCUGUACAGACAGAUUCCGAAUCAUUCAUAUUCUCUGGUCUUUUGUUGCGGAUCAGUGCAGUGUUUGUCAUAUGACAAUAUCUAAAGAGCACCCUGUCUUCAUGGAAAAGGUGAAGGAACAGACCCAGCAUGCCAGUGAGAGCACCUCCCAUUGAAAUAACUGACAGACCUGAAAGAGCUGAAAAAGAGAGGACCAACAUAGACAUGCAGAAAGUUCUUGU